CUACAAAGCUGUCAAUCGUUGACCUAACGCGCGGUGAAGGAAGGUUUAGGCUUGAGGGUGUGAAAUGGGUGUACCAAAGUUUUUCAGAUGGAUUAGUGCUCGAUAUCCUUGUAUCAACCAAGUUCUGAGACCUGGAGAGGUUCCAGUUAUCGAUCACUUUUAUUUGGAUAUGAAUGGCAUAUUGCAUACCUGUUCACACCCAGAAGGCAGUAAGAAAUCGAUUUCGGAAGAGGCGAUUUUAAGGAAUAUUACUCUUUACAUUCAGUUUUUGUUUAACCUCAUUAAACCACGUAAAACUUUCUUUAUGGCUGUUGACGGUGUUGCUCCCAGAGCUAAGAUGACACAACAGCGUGCUCGUCGCUUUCAAUCUGCUUUAGAAGGGCGUAUAGCUAAGGAAAACUCAAAGGAUAAGUCAUCCGACGGUGAACAUUUUGACCCAUGUUUAAUUUCGCCAGGUACUGAAUUUAUGGAGCGAUUACAUCUUCAUCUUGUUGCCUUUGUUGAAAACCAUGUUAAUCAUGAUGCUGACUGGCAGUGUAUAGAUGUAAUCUAUUCAGGACAUGAUUGUCCAGGAGAAGGGGAGCAUAAAAUUCGAGAAUACAUGGCAUAUCGUCGUAGUUCACCGGAUUAUCAACCCAAUGAACGGCAUUGUAUAUACGGAAUGGAUGCUGAUUUAAUAUUCUUAGGCUUAACAACUCAUGAAGUCAAUUUGUGUAUCUUACGCGAAAAUGUUGUUAAAGCUCAAAAUUCCUCAGCAGAUAAUAAACCAUUCUGUAUUACCUAUGUAUCCGUUCUUCGUGAAUACAUAGAUUUGGAGUUUAUAGAAUUAAAGACGAUAUUGCCAUUCCCUUAUAAUCUGGAGCGUAUAAUUGAUGAUUGGGUUUUUAUGGCUUUUCUUUUGGGAAAUGAUUUUAUACCGCAUAUUCCUAAUUUGCAUAUACACGCGGAAUCAUUAUUAGUACUUUGGGAUACUUAUAAAGUUGUAUUGCCGAAAUUAGACGGCUAUCUUGUGGAAUAUGGAUAUUUAAAUCUGCCACGUUUUCACAAAUACCUAGAAGAACUUUCACAGUUUGAGCGUGAUUGGUUUGAAGAACGUGAGGCAGCUUUUCAUUGGAUGCGUGGAAAACAGGGAGAACGAAUGGCAAAUGAGCUAGAAAAUCUGGGGCAACCGACUCAGCGAAAUCAAUUUUCACAAAAGUCUACUGCUGCAGUUAAGAAAAAUUUUCAAAAUACGGCUAAAAGUGCCUCGGUAGAUAAAUCUAACGGAUUAGAUCAAUUAAAUGAUUUAAUAGAUUUAUUUACACCAUCAUCAAAUUCUCGAUAUGAUAAUGUGAUAUUAGAUGAAGCAGCUGAAUUAAUGGAAGAAGGUGUUGUUGUCUCAUUAUUACCUCCGAAAAAUAAGGACAACAAUAAUAAUAAUAUUAAUAAUAAUAAAAAAUCAGCCAAGUUAACAAGGAGAAUAAAGUUAUCUAAUAGUUUAAUCAACAUUGAAAUAGGAGAGGAUGUUGUUAAUUUAGAUAAACAGUCGAAUAGUAAUGAUGAUGAUGAUAAUGAAUUCAAAGAGAUUGAAGACGAGGAGGCCACUGAUGGUGAUGAGGAGGAGGAUUUUGCUGACGAUGAUCUUAUUGAAGGAGAUACAGAUAUAGAUGAAGAUUUGCUAGUUUAUAAAAUGCAUCGACGUGAUUACUACCUUUCUAAACUUGGUAUACAAAUUAAUGAAGAUGUAAAUGAUAAUAAAGAGAAUUCAUCCUUGAUGUCUUUAAUACAAGAUUAUAUUAAAAUGUUACAAUGGAUAUUAAAUUAUUAUUUCCUGUGUAUUGCUGAUUGGGAUUUUUUCUAUGCAUAUCAUUAUGCACCAUUUGCGCAUGAUCUUAUUUUAUUUACAAAAAAAUAUGAAAAUAUGCCAAAUUUUGAUAGUAUUAAAAUGGAUUGGUCUAAUUUUCAAAUCAAUUCACAACCAGUUCUACCAUUUAUUCAACAAUUAAUGAUACUACCACCAGAUUCAGCGUAUAUAGUACCCAAGCCGUAUCGUGAUCUAAUGACCUCUUCAUCAUCUCCAUUGGCUGAAUUCUAUCCAAAGGAAUUUGAAACUGAUAUCAAUGGGAAAGUAUCGUCUUGGGAAGCUGUAGUAUUAAUUCCAUUUCUGGAUCAAGAACGCCUAAUCAAUGCAAUGAAAGAUUUUAAUGAUAAACUAACUACAGAAGAAAAAGAACGGAAUCAGCAUAAAUCACACUUAUUUUAUCGUGCUUGUCCAAUUGGUCGAGUAAAAUCUCCAGUGGAAUUAAUCACCUAUGAUUUAUAUCGUAAAUCUGUGAACUAUAGUCAAUCACAAUUUAUUGAAUUUUAUGCUACUUUAACUAGUCAAUCUGUUGCUGAAGAUUUUCCUAGUUUACAUAGACUUCCAUUUACUUAUAAAAUACAAAAAAUACCAGUUCAUGUUUUUGAAGUACCCAGUAAAUUGGAUAGUAUGGCGUUAACUGUGAAACCUCAUCAAGAUUUAUUGAAAUAUAAUAGUCUUGGUGAAUUAGCUGAAAAUAUUCUUUGUCGUCCAAUUCGUGUUCGUUGGCCGUAUUGUGCUAUAGUAAUGCCUGUCCGAUUAAUGAACAAUAAUGAAAUCUGGGAACUGGUGGAUUUCAAUGCAGAUCCAAUAAUUGAUUCCUCUGCCACUUUGCCCUCUACAUCACUGCGUUCUCGUCAAAUACUGUCAUCAGAAGAAGUCGAUUGUCAGGAUAUGUCUUCCGAGGGCAAACGUGAAUUGAACUGGAUUAAUCACCAGUUAUCAAAUUUAAGACAACAUUUUCGUAAGCGUCGAGCCAUAUUAUUCGAAUCAAAUUCUGAUGAAAAAGAUGAUAAUGCAUCAGAUUCAGAUGCGGAUUCAUUACUAUCGUCUAUUUUGGUGUUUUCUCGACCAUUAGACGGUUGGUCUGUAUUACCUGUAUGUUCAAAAUCUUCCACUGAAUUCUCUCUCAUACCAAACUUUGUUCGUUCUCGUGCAAAUAACGGGGAUGAUAUGGAACUAUCUGAGUCUCCAUUUGCAUCUGCCUGGUUUUGUUCAGAUAAUUCAAUGGAUUCCACUGGAAAACGAAGUAAAAAACAAAAGACGCUUACAGAGAAGCCAUCAAUGAGCAUAGAAUGCGCCUAUGGUCAAUGCGAUGGUUUAAAUCUUGAUCUGUUGAAUCUAGCUCUUCCUGGUAUCCCUCCACCUCCAGCACUUGGACGUGUAGAAGUGGACUGGGGAUAUAAUAAACCUGUUCUACUUCAUACAAUUUUCCAUCCUGGUAAAAUAGUAUUUAGUUUAGCUAAAGGGAAUUAUGGAUCAGCUGGUGAAGUUGUUUCAGUCGACGAGAAGAAAGGUAAUGUAAUGGUUCGUUUCUAUCCUAGAUUCACUUCACACCGUGAUUUGACUGAAUUUCGAAGUCAACUUGAAGAAUGGGAGCAUGAUGAUUUCCUUACGAAUGUUGAAGUAGCCCAACAACUGAAUGUUCCAGUCUACAUAGUCAAUCGGUUUACUGGUAGUUUAAUGGUUCAAGUCAUACCGGAUAGUAAAGAUAACCAAACUCAAGGAGUAAAUAUAACCUCGAAAUCAGAUAAAAUUAACGAUAAUGAUAAUUGUGAAGAAAAUGAACAAAAUAAAACUGAACGAAAUUUAUUCAGUAAUAUUGGUUUGAAUUUAAAACGAAAUCGUUCUGGUGCUCAGGUUUUAGGUUGGUCAAGAUUUUGUACUGUUCGUCAUACUUGGUUAUUUUCUAACAGAACUAUUAACUUACUAAAAGAUUUCAGUGAAAAGUUUCCCAUCGUUUGGAAUAAAGUUUUAAAGUCAUCAGAUGCAUCCAGUCGAAAUAAUACAUGUGUCAAAUUAUCAUCCAAUGAAGUUGAUCAAAUUACAGAAUUUAUUACCAACUCUGAGUGUAGAACUGCACCCGUUUUACCGCAAAAUGGUAUGUAUCUAGAUAAAGAAUGGUUGGAUAAAUUAAAAUCAUUAUAUCCAAAAUCUAAUGAUAAUGAUGAUGGUAAUAAUAAUAAUAAUAAUAAAAGCAAUAAUAAUAGAAAAGAUGUUUGUGAACCAUUCGAUCGAAUUGCUUGGAGUAAAAAAUCUCCUGUAAUCUGUUCACCAGCUUCUUUAUUUGUUUCAGUUAAUUCAAAUACACGAAUCUAUCCAUCAUCAUUCAAAUUAACACCAUCUGAUCGUUGUUAUCAUUCUUCGAAUUGUUCAUCUGUAUUCAGUACAUUUACAUUAUUAGACAGAGUUAUAUAUAUUGGUGUUGGACAAAAUAUUCCAUUAGGAUUACAUGGAAUUGUUAUUGGUGUAGCUUCUGGUGUUAGCUCACAAAACGGUGAUCAACCAUUGGAGAUUAUGUUUGAUAAAACAUUCACGGAUGCUAUAGAUAUUCGUGGAUCUGGUCCUUGUUGUGCCUUAGUGCUCCCAUCACUCUUACUCAGAUUACCUGAGAGAGGUAGUAAAAAAGACCAACCGAGUAAUCAAAAGAAAAUAAAUAAAUCUACAAAUGCUACAAAUACUGCACCUCAUGGGAAGCCAUCUCCACCAUGGUCUACUAAAGGACCAAUGCGUGUUUUUCGUCCAUGGCCAGUAAAUAAAUUUGAUCAAAAUGUAAAUGAUAAAAAAAUUGACCAUCAUAAUCGUGGAAAUCAGUCAGUUAAUCAGUCUGGAAGCUUAUCAAAUACGCCAAAAGUCAAUCCCCAACAGCAACAAUCACAACAACAGCAGCAAACGGUGAAGCCAUCGACAAAAAGUAUUUCUUCAGUAGAAGACGAUGUAAUCAAAGAAAUGCAAGAAUUAAAUCUCAUCUUGUUGUCUGGUCUUCAUUCCACUUUGACUGACUCAUCGGAUAAAUCAUGUCACCAGAGUACCGAUUCUAGUCCUUCCAAAUCUAAACGAAAACAUGAAAAGAAUAAAUCAUCGAAUUCUCAAUCAAAUUCAGAAAAGAAUUCCCCCUUCUUAGAAAUGCCAAGUCCACCGGAUGUACCUCUACCUCCAUCGAAUUGGUCAAAAUUAUCUUCUAGUCAUAGUAAAUCUAUGACAGAUUUAAGAUCAACUACACAAACUCCACCUGUUGUAGUAAAGGAUAAAAAUUCACAAGGGAAAAAUGAGAAAAAUGUACGCAUCAAUUUACCACCUCAAAGUACAUCUGGUGAACGUAGCUCAAAAAAUUAUAAUCAUCAUCGUGCAGAAAAUCGUUUCAAGCCUGGCACUAACAGUAAUUCUGGUCAAAAAAAUUCAAAUCAGUCUAUGCGUAAACAAUUGCCUAGGCCUUAUUUUGAAAGGCCUAACUUCAGUGAACCUAACAGAUAUCCUGUACGUCCACCACCACCGCCACCGCCGCCGCCACCUCCUCCCAUUCCUCCUAACUUAAUGCAGUCUAACUGGCAACCUGUAUGUCAACCGCCGCCUCCAGUGAAUAACCAUCCACCUAAUAUGAUACCACCUCCAUACGCAUAUAACCCGUAUAUGUAUGAUCCAUUUUAUAAUCAAUACCCUGCUUAUCCGCCUGGUGUAUCUUAUCCACAGGGUUUUGUUACUCCUCCACAGUUAAACCGAUUUCCAAUGAUGCCACCGGUUAAUACACCGAAUUACCCGCCUGUAAUCAAUCAUGGAAAUAAUAAUCAACGAUUUUACCGUCCACCAGAACAACAAUACAAUGAUAGAAAUAAAUCAGGUGUUUUUCGUCCACCUAUACGAAAUGAUUUGCAAUCUCAAAGAUCAGUUGCACCUCAAUAUAACCACAAUAAUAAUAACCAAAACAGGCGUUUUAUUCCUCCUCAGACAUCUAAGAAAUGAAUUUCGUUAUCCGAUUCUUCUUCUCUUGUGUCUCGUAUGCGACGCCCUUAAAUCUACUGUGGAAGAAAAAAAAUCAUAUUGCAACUCGAGAAUUUUUUAACAACAACAACAAAAAAAUCAAUACCACUAUAUAUAUCAAUCCUUUUCUUUAAUUUUCAUCACAUAUACACACAUCAAUUGUGAUCUACUUUUUUUCGUAGCAAUCCCUAUAAAAAUUAUUUUUGUGGAGUGUAUACGACAUUUUUCAAAAGUUAAAUGAUGAUGAUGAAAUGACUGUUUAGAUAGACCACCUAUGUGGAUUUUAGUUGUUGUUGUUGCUGUUGUUAUUUUUUCAGUGGUAUUGUAAUUUUUGUUUUGCGUUCAACUUCGAAUUUUAGUUUGAAUAACCAAUAUACAUAUUUCAAUAUAUUGGUUUUGCCUGUUUGUGAAUAUAUCACUUUUUUUUAAUGAAAUAUAUUGUUCAUAAGUGUUGUUAUUCAACGCCUGUGAUCUGUUAAUCUACAAACUUUCUUUGAGAAUAAGUUAAUCAAUCAUAUCAUGUAUAUUACAUAGUGAAAGCGUGUUUUUUUUAUAUACGCGAACGAGAAUAUCCUUUGGAUCCCAGUAACUGUGACUUCGUCAGAUGGAGUAGUUGUUGAGCUCAUAUAUGCGCAUGUAUUUAACUUUAAGAAAAACAAAUCCUCUAUAAAAUACCUUUGAUCUUUUUAUAUAUAUAUAUAUACGAAUUGUAAAUGUCAAUGUAUCCGUAUAACUGAUGAGUUUUGUUCAGAGUAUUCUGGGCUAAGAUAAUACUGA